CCACUUUCUUUCUUAAAAUAGAUAGGCAAAUCUGUCGAGCGGUUUUUGAAACCUGCACGUGCUGCCGUUUCGUGAUAAGAAGAACCACACGCACUUUGACUUCUUUUUUUUAAAAGCCUUCCUUCCCCACUUAGAAGUUAGAACAGAGAGAGAAUGUGCAUAGCAGUGUUCUUAUGGCAAUCGCAUCCGCUUUACCCUUUUCUUCUCUUUUUGAACAGAGAUGAAUAUCUCAACAGGGCGACGGAGGCGCUGCGUUGGUGGCAAGACGGAGAGACGCUUGGAGGCAGAGACCUAGUCGGCGGCGGGACGUGGCUGGGAUGCACCAGGCAUGGCCGUAUAGCUUUCCUCACCAAUUUCAGGGAGACCUCCUCCAUCCCCGAUGCUAAAUCCCGUGGAGAUCUCCCUCUUCGUUUCUUGCAGAGCCACAAGAGCCCUGCCGAGUUUGCCCAGGAGAUCGAAAAGGAGGCUUCUCUCUACAACGGCUUCAACCUCGUUGUCGCUCAUGUCUUCUCCAAAUCCAUGUUUUACGUUACCAACCGGCCACUCAGCCACGGUGACAAGCAGCAGCAGCAGCAGCAGCAGCAGCUCGUGACGCUAGUCUCUCCGGGGAUCCAUGUCCUUUCCAACGCCAACCUCGACUCUCCUUGGCCCAAGUGUCUGAGGUUGAGAGACGGUUUCAAUCAGCUUCUGACCCAACACCCACGUGGUGAAUUCCCCGUUAAGACUAUGGUUGAGGAGGUGAUGACUGAUACUGUCAAGGACCAACAACCUCACGUUUUCCCACCUGAGACCCAAUACCAUCUCAGCUCUAUCUUCGUCGACAUUCCUACACCUGCUGGGCGUUAUGGGACCAGAAGCAUCUCUGCGCUCACCAUCAAGUCCCAUGGCCAGGUCUGUUUCUACGAGAGGCAUCUUGAACCAGGCGGUGGUUCCUGGAAGGAGCACACUCAACACUUUGUAAUACAAAAUCAAACCUCUACUUGACCUUCCUUUCUUUUAUCACACAAAUCCCAAAACUUUCACAUUUGUAAUAUGUGCGUGUGUCUACAUAAUAAUACAGAAAACAGAGUUCAUGUCUUUUA